GUGGAAUUUCGGGAAGCGCUUUAGCUUGUGCUUUGGCAUCAUCCGGGAUAAUAGAAUCUAAGCGUGUUGCCCUCGUCGAAUUUAGUGAUGUGUCGUAUUUGAAAGAAUGGAAACCCUCGCACGAUCAUUUUUCUAAUCGAGUUAGUUCAUUGACUCCUCGAUCUGUCGAAUUCUUUACGGAUAUAGGAGUAUGGGAAAACGUAAUUCAAGAACGCGUUAAACCAUUCAAAGAUAUGCAAGUAUGGGAUGGAAUUACUGAUGCUAGAAUAACAUUCAAUUGUAAAGAUCACAACACCUUUCUUACAAAUCUAGGAAAUAUUGCGUGGAUUGCGGAGAAUCAUAAUAUUCAGCAGGCGAUUCUCACUCGGCUUUCACAAUACAAAGGAAACAAUAAUUUAACAUUUUUCGAAAAUACCAAAGUUGAAAGAAUUACUUUCGAUAAUUAUAUUGGGGGUGGAGGCAUUAGUGAAAAAUUUGAACUUUCGGACUGGCCUAGCUUAAAGUUAAGUGAUGGCAAAAUUUUAAAAACCAGAUUGUUGGUUGGAGCUGAUGGAAUUAACUCGCUUGUUCGUUCCUUCGUCAACAUUGAAUCACUAGGGUGGGAUUAUGAUGCACAUGCAGUGGUAGCUACCUUGCACGUGGAUCCUUUGGUGGAAAAUACAACAGCAUGGCAAAGGUUUUUACCAACCGGACCUAUCGCAAUGUUACCGAUGCAAAAUGGAAUUUCCUCAAUGGUGUGGUCCACGACUCCCAAUCUUUCUUCUAAAAUACGAUCACUUGGAAAAAGGGAAUUUGUUCACCUGGUGAAUGCGGCAUUUCGACUUCGUGUUGCAAACCUAGAAUAUUUUUAUUCUCAGCUAGAAAACGAUGGUUUUAAUAUUAAAGAUGAAUUUGAAUGGAGACACAGUGUUGAAUCAGAAGAAGCAAAAUUCACGUUGCCGCCACUUGUUUUGGACGUUCAGGAGAAGAGUCGGGCUGGGUUUCCGCUACGAAUGAGAAAUUCCGAGAGUUAUGUCAAAGAGCGGGUUGCACUUGUGGGCGAUGCUGCUCAUGCAAUUCAUCCGCUUGCUGGACAAGGAUUAAAUCAAGGUCUGGCUGAUGUGCAAUGUCUAGCAAAAGUAAUUAAUCAUGGAGUAAUUACUGGACAGGAUAUUG